GAGGGUGGGAGAUUUGGGGUACAACUGUGGUCAUCUGUGUUUGAGAGAGUGAUACAUUGAUACUGGCAAGUCAACGUAGAAGUACUAUGAUGAAGAGUGGAAUAGAAUUUCCUUUGAGAGGAGACUAAAAGAGGAAGAUUUAUUCAGUCUGCUAAAAGAAGAGUGGUAUGGUUCACUGUACUCUUUUUGACUGCUUUAUAUUGUCAAUCAAAAAAGCUAUAAUUCUUUCCAAACACUGGAGAUCUAUUUGUUGUAUUUAGGGAUGUGAUUUUUUUUUAUACUUUUGAAGCUGGAUACUGAGGGCUACCUGCAAGUGCCCACAUUCUUGAUAUCAAGAAGAGGCUAUCAGGCCUGGUAAAGCCAAAGCACAGGAGUUCUCUAUCCCCCAAUAUAUAGAAUCAAGCAGGAGAGGCAGCAGGCCAGCAUGGCUGAACAGGGACCUGGUGGUUAAACUGAGGGAUAAAGAGGAAACACAUCCGCAGUGGAAGCAGAGAUGUGUGGCCUGGAAAGAGUACAGAGAUGCCAUCCAGACAUGUAGAGGUCAGAGUAGGAAAGCCAAGGCACAUAUGGAACUGAGCCUGGCGAAGGAUAUGAAAAAUGACAAGGGAUUCUGUAUGUACAUAGGUCAGACGAGAAAGGUCAAGGAAAGUGUACUCUCUCUGAUACAUGAGAAGGGAGUACUGACAACAAUGGGCAUGGAGAAGGCUGAGGUUCUCAGUGGUUCUUUGCUUCAGUUUUCACUGGCCAUCAGGCUUCCCACAUCUUUCAUGUCCCUGACCCCAUAUGUUGGGUCAGGGGGAGCAAAAUCCCUCCUACUGUAAGAGAAGAGCAAGUUCAAGACCACCUGAUGAGACUGAAUGUGUACAAGUUUAUGGGGCCUGAUGACACACAUUCCAGUAUCCUGAAAUAACUGGCUGAUGUGGUUGCCAAGCCACUCCAUCAUAUUCAAAAAGUCAUGACUGUCAGGUGAAGUCCCCAGUGACUGGAGAAAGGGAAACAACACUCCAAUUUUUUAAGAAAGGGAGAAAGGAAGACCUGGGAAACUACAGGCCAGUGAGCCUCACCUCUGUGCAUGUGAAGAUCAUGGAGCAGAUCCUCCUGGAAGUUAUGUUAAGGCUCACACAAGAUAAGGAGGUGAUCUGGCAGCCUUCUAUGACGGAGUGAUGGAAUCAGUAGACAAAUAGACUGGACUUUGCACAGGAGGGGAAAAGCCUGACAUUCCUGAAAAUGGCAGCUGAGACAUCCACGGAAGUUCCAAAAACUGCUAAGCAAUUCGUCCUUAAAGAAGAGGUAAUUGUAGAAAGAAAAUGGUUGAAGCUUGAGGAAACAACUUACACUGAUGCCUCUGGUAAAACCAGAACUUGGGAAACUGUAAAGCGUGUUGGCAAGAAAAAGAGCGUUUCAGCUGAUGGUGUGGCAGUGAUAGCUGUCCUACAGAGAACUCUCCACUAUGACUGCAUCGUCCUAGUGAAACAGUUCAGGCCUCCAAUUAAUGGCUACUGCUUGGAAUUCCCUGCAGGCCUCAUUGAGGAAAAUGAGACUGCAGAAAGCGCUGCAUUGCGAGAGUUGGAGGAAGAAACUGGCUACAAAGGGGAAGUUGUUGAAUGUACUCCAGCACUCUGCUUGGACCCAGGUGUGUCAAACAGCACAACACACAUCGUGAGCGUUACCAUUAAUGGAGACGAUGCUGAGAAUACAAGACCUAAGCAAAAACUUGAUGAUGGAGAAUUUGUAGAAGUUAUUUCACUUCCAAAGAACGACUUACUGCAAAGAAUUGAUGAACUAGUAGCAGAAGAGCAUAUUGCAGUGGAUGCCAGGGUUUAUACUUACGCGCUGGCCCUGAAGCGUGCAACAGAGAAACCGCUCCAAGUUCCUUUCAUGAAGUUCUAAAACUCCACAGUAAGAAAUAUAGCUGAGAAUCCUCCAGUCCAGAUGGCUUAGAAGUGUAACUCUUCUUGUAAUAAAGGUUCCUUACUUGUAGAGCGAAAAAAAGAAUACUUGUAGGAAUGAUUCUGAUAUUUUUACCUGGAACUAACUGACAAUAAGCAUUUCCUAUGUUUAGUCUAUCUAGCCUUGGCAGAAUAAUCAAAAUAAAAACGUUGCUUAAUUUUCAAAAUGA